CAGCCCGACAAAUUUUGGUGCGGCCCCGAGGGGCUGUCGGUACUAGAGGAUGCCGCCAAAUAUGCUGCAAGUGUAUGCGAGGAAUCGAUUGAAAAGCGAAUGAACCGCAUCUGCUUCAUCCACGACAAAUGCUACGACUCAAUACCUCGAAGCGAGUUAUCGAAGGAAAGGGGCCAGAAGUGCGACAAGCAGUUUUGUUCUCUCAUUGACAAAGCGGUCGCGGCAUCAAGCAGCGGUGAACCUUGGGAGGAUCUUGCCUGCAUCGGCGCUGGCGCUGGAUUUGGCUGGGCUGUGCAGCAAAAUUUUUACGACUGCUCGAUCCUAUAUGCCGCAUUUGCCGAAGAUUGUACCGUAACCGAUUACCAAGUGGACCAGUACGGAAGCGAUGAGUUCCUAAAGAAAACUGUGAAGGGCAACUGCGAAAUGCUCAAUGCCUACAACGCAAUGUUUGUUAAGCGCGUCGGCAAGUUCUGGUGCGGAAUGGAAAAGUGGCAACUUACGGACGACGUCGCUGAAGCGUUAAGCAAGUCGCUUUGCAGUGAGGCCACGGAAAAAUUCUUCAAUCGCGUCUGCUUCAUCCACGAUGUCUGUUAUGAGAAGCUGCAGGACAGGGAUCUACUGAUGGAGAAGAGGCAUGAAAUUUUGCAUUCUGUAUCUACCACCUACUCGGAUAACUGUACCCUCGUUGAUCGGCAUCUUGAUGAGGACGGCUCCGACAUCAUCCUCGAGCAGCUCAUACCGGAUUGCCAAAAACGAAACGAGCUGAACGGGGAGUACGCGAAGGCGGUGGCGCAAGGAAAUUUCUACUGCGGGACCGACGAGAAGAUGCUGCUGACGUGGACGACCCACGUGGCCCGGGCGCUUAUGUGGGCAUCGUGUGGUAGUAUUAAAGACCGCUUCAAUCGCAUUUGCUUCAUCCACGACGUCUGCUACGAGGCCAGGAGCCCGGAGAAGGCCGCAGAACAGAAACGCCACUGUGAUGAUAGUUUUUGCGACUUGAUGAGCACCGCCGUCAGCCAUGCGCACUGGUGGCAGAAGCCGACCUGCUGGCUUGUUCAGAAGACUUUCUGCGCUGCCGUCAAGGCAAUCCCCUACGAUCGUCUCCCCUCGCUGGCCCACUACAUCAUGGAGCGCCGAAAAAUCAAGGCCAAACCUCUC